CAUGUCUACCUGGGACCUUCUGCUAUGCAAACGAAGGGCUCUUCCUCUAGCUUUGCCCCUCCUCUUUCUUGUGCUUGACCAAGAGUACUAUGAACAAGUUGUGAAGUUACACAUUUAUAGUUAUAGCUUAGCCUUUCGGUGUCCUCCCUGGCAAAAGAUACCAUGGGAGGGGCAAAGAGGUAUACCGGGCUGUGCAGUUCAACCUCCUAAGUACUGGAAAUCCUUCUGAGUCAUUUUGUGGGCAUGAACUCAAGGAUCCUUUGCACCUGACGAAUGUCAUCAGGGCAUUUUGUGUGUGUGUGUGUGUGUGUGUAGAUUCAUAGCACUCUAGGGCAUGAGAGAUCCUUGCUGCCGGGACUUGAUUGAUACAUUGCUGCUUCAGCUUUUUUCAUUUUCAAAGAAUUUGAUUGUAUCAUUUUAUUUGGGUGGCCGCACAGUAACUUAUGACAAAAAUGCAAACAAUUAGUGGUUAUAACUUAUAUUUGCAUGUCUGUUAAAACUCAGGCUGUUCCCAAGUUAGGGGUGUAACCAGAACUUCCAUUGCUUAAUUUUUCAAAAGGCCUGUACUGUGUGAAUUCACUUUAAAAGAUUGAGUUAGAGCUGAAAUUCUCUGCAUUAGUGGCUUUCUGUGGUUGAGUGAUGUACAGCAGUGCGCUGAAUCUAAAGCAUUUUGUGUUUUGCACAUGUUACAGUGUGGGUCUACUCUAUAGUUAUUUUCUUGUGUUAAACAGCAGUGGAUCAAAGUGCAAUAAGCAGAACAACAGUGGGUUGUGUUUUUUUGUAGUUACAAAAUAGCUGAGCAGGGUGUGUGCGUUUUUCACAUUGCUUAUUAAUAUCUUGGAGAUUACAAGGUUUCUGUGCGCUACAGAAAAACUUUGUUUCAAGCCAAACAUCAGAUAAAUGUCUAAAAUAGAGUAUUGUAAUCUGUACAUUGUGGUCAGGAAGAGGGUUUUCCUACCAAGCUCUGUGUGCCUUUUCUUACCACAUAUUCUCCUCUGGGCUAAUGAAGAGUGCUCUCGCUGAAAACAGGCUGGAAUUGAAGUCUGACUUUAAGACAGCAAAGCGCUAGAGGUGAUCAGUCAUGGCAGGUGAUGCCAUCAUGGUGAUGAGAGGGCUGGCGAAGCUUGGUAAGGCAGUCGUAGAUACACAAGCAGGACAACUUCGGCAAGUAAUCUUUGGUGGUGAUGCAGUGUUCGUGGCCAGGAGCAUUCAGGCAACUGCUGAGGAACAGUUUAGUGCUGUGAUGGGGAAGAUGCAGGAACUAGGCAAACAGCAGGAGAAUUUGAAAGACUUUGAUGAGGACUUUGGAAGAGACUACAGCUUCUCAGAAACAGAGUUGGGGGGUGCUACGAAGGACUUUUCUCCUCCUGAAGACCAGCGUCACAAGCAUGGUGUUGCAGAGGGCCCAUCUUACACCUAUGUUUCCAAUGGACCUUUUCCAAAUGUUGUUGAGACAGGUGACUCCAGUCGUAAUCCAAAUCCCAUCUCUGCAAAAGUGAAUGCAAAGCUGUUUGGAGGUUUUAGGGACCAUGGGUAUCCAUUUGUUGCUACCUGUGGGCAAAGCAGGGCAUUUCAUCAAGACCAUUCCUCUGUUGGUGGACUAACAGCUGAAGAUAUUGACAAAGCCAGGCAAGCCAAAGCGGAUCCACAGAACAAACCACACAAGCAGAUGCUCAGUGAACGUGCCCGGGAGCGGAAGGUGCCAGUUACUCGAAUUGGGAGACUUGCUAACUUUGGAGGCUUAGCUGUUGGCCUUGGCAUUGGAGCUUUAGCAGAGGUUGCAAAGAAAAGCCUUAGAUCUGAAGAACGCAAUGGAAAGAAGUCUGUUAUGGACACCAGCCCCUUUCUGUCAGAGGCCAAUGCGGAAAGAAUUGUGAGGACCCUGUGCAAGGUUCGGGGAGCUGCCCUGAAGUUGGGCCAAAUGUUGAGCAUUCAGGACGAUGCCUUCAUCAACCCUCACCUGCAGAAGAUUUUUGAACGUGUCCGCCAGAGUGCAGACUUCAUGCCUUUGAAGCAAAUGAUGAAAACUUUGAACAAUGACCUUGGCCCUAACUGGCGUGAUAAACUGGAAUUCUUUGAGGAGCGACCCUUUGCUGCAGCGUCAAUUGGACAGGUUCAUCUGGCUCGCUUGAAGAAUGGCACAGAAGUUGCAAUGAAAAUCCAGUAUCCUGGUGUGGCCCAAAGCAUCAAUAGCGAUGUCAGCAAUCUGAUGACUGUUCUUAGUAUGAGCAACGUUCUCCCAGAAGGUCUCUUCCCUGAACAUCUGAUUGAAGUUCUGAGCAGAGAAUUGGCCCUGGAAUGCGACUACAAGAGAGAAGCUGCCUGUGCCAAGAAAUUCAAGGAGCUGCUGAAGAACCACCCAUUCUUCUAUGUCCCUACUGUGGUGGAUGAGCUCUGCAGCCAACAUGUCCUAACAACCGAACUGGUAUCUGGGUUUCCGCUUGAUCAAGCUGAAGGAUUAAGCCAGGAGGUCCGGAAUGAGAUCUGCCAUAACAUACUACUUUUGUGCCUGCGAGAGCUUUUUGAGUUCAGAUAUAUGCAGACAGAUCCAAACUGGUCCAACUUCUUCUAUGACCCAGAACUGCACAAGGUGGCGCUUCUGGAUUUUGGAGCAACCAGAGGUUUUGAUCAGGAGUUCACAGAUGUCUACAUUGAGUUAAUCAAAGCAGCUGCUGAAAUGGACAGAGAGGAAGUCCUAAGGAAAUCAAUAGAAAUGAAGUUCCUGACUGGUUAUGAAAUAAAGGCCAUGGAAGAUGCUCACUUGAAUGCCGUCCUCAUCUUGGGAGAAGCUUUUGCAUCCAGUGAACCUUUUGACUUUGGCUCACAGAGUACAACUGAGAAGAUCCAUGGUUUAAUCCCAGUCAUGCUGAAGCACAGACUUGUCCCUCCACCAGAAGAGACCUACUCUCUCCAUCGGAAAAUGGGUGGCUCCUUUCUCAUAUGCUCCAAACUGAAAGCUAAAAUCCCAUGCAAGAACAUGUUUCAGGAGGCCUACAGUAAAUACUGGUGUGGAAGGGCCAAAAAGGAACAGUAACACAGAAGAACUGUCAAUUGUCUUGUGUUUUUUAUGGUCAAUCAUCACAGUACAGUUUCUUCUGUAAUACCUUCAGAAUCACCUUAACAUUACAACAGCCUGCCUUUGGGAAGCAAAAUACCCAAUUAAGAGACUAUGUUGUUCUUUCGUUGGGCCAUCUCCUACACUAUAUUAUCACCAGAUUAUCUGUACAGCCUCUACUUUACAGGAAAUCAUAUUUUAUCUAGUGUAGGGACUGUGGAGAAGAAUAGGCAGCUGUGUUUCUCACUGUGCUAGGCAUCAGCUGUCUUUAUUUUAAUACUGAUACCUGUGUUUAGCAACUGGAUUUUUAACACAUGAAAUAGAGGAAAGAACCAAACAGUAGGCACUGAAAUCUAUUUGCAAUUUCCUGAAUGUUUGUGGAUUUUUCUUUACUUCUUUUCCUGCUAAGGUGGAAUACCAGUGGUUUAACACUAUGGAGUAUAGUCUGCCAACAGUAAGUCAAAGAAAACCCUAUUUUUAUGAUUGGGGGUAUAUAGUGAGUGGGAUCUUUCAGAUAGAGCACUGUACAUAGGCUAUUUUAUGCCUUUACCUUUCGAAGUGGAGGCAAGGAAACUGAAGAUUUUAAGGAGCCUGAUAUGUAAGUGGGACAGUGUAGUAUUUAGAAUAUCUAAGGGUGAAAUUCAGUUGCCUGAUUCUCUGAACUGAAUGUAUAAACAGGAGGAAAUGUUGUGAAUUGGAGAAUUAGAGAAACAAACUCGAACUGUGGCAUUUGUAGAAGCUCAGCAUUGAAGCUACGCUUUUCCCAUAACCUGUACUGUAUGGGCAUCAUAGCAUCAUUGAAGGAGUUUCAAAAUUUCAUUGAAAAACAUAAUUUACAUUUAAUAGCUGAAUGCACAGCUUUAAGCAGUUGGAGGCAAGCUGGCAAUAUUUUUUUACAUCAGUAGUAGCUGUACAACUUCCAACUGAUUUCCAAUAAAGUGCUUGUGCAGAUUGA